AUGUCGGAUCCAGCAGAAGCUGAGCGUUUGCUUGGUGAUGGCCAAGAACGCAGAAAGGUAAGAAGAGAUUUAUGCGCUGUAUGUUUCAUGGCGGCGUUAAUCGUAGGUGCAGUCAUAGGAUUGGCCGCAGUAUGGGCAUCUUUAGCUAAUGUUGAAACUCUCCCUAAAAGGAACGUCAUCCUUAUGAUCUCUGACGGAUUUGGUCCAACAUCACAGACUUUUGCUCGUACUUAUAAUCAACACGUGAAUAAAUUGAAAUAUAAUUAUGUCUCACCCUUGGAUGAAAUUUUGGUUGGAUCUUCUCGAACGAGGUCAUCUAGUAGUUUGGUUACUGAUUCUGCCGCCGGAGCGACAGCUUUUGCAUGUGCCUUGAAAUCUUACAAUGGCGCUAUAGGAGUUAAUUCAAAGAAAGUACCUUGUGGUACCGUGCUGGAAUCUGCAAAGUACCUUGGUUUAACAACAGGUUUGGUUGUUACAAGUCGUAUCACCCAUGCCACACCAGCUUCAUUUUCAGCUCAUGUGGUUAAUAGAGAUAUGGAGGCUGAUAUUGCUGUACAACAAAUUGGUGAUAAUCCCCUUGGAAGACAAGUUGAUUUAAUGUUUGGUGGAGGUCGUUGCUACUUCUUGCCAAAUCAUACAGAAGGAAGUUGUAGAAUUGAUCAACGUGAUCUGGUUAAAGAAUCAAACAAGCAAGGAUAUAAAUAUUUUGCUACAAGAAAAGAAUUUGACGAUCUUGAACCUGGAAAAGACAAGCUUCCUCUUUUAGGCUUAUUUACACUCGAUCAUAUGUCAUAUGAAAUUGAUCGUGACCCUGCUCAAGAACCUUCUUUGAAAGAAAUGUCAGAAAAGGCUCUAAAGUUCCUUGAUUCUGCAACCGCGAAAAGUGAUAAGGGAUUUUUCCUCAUGAUCGAAGGCAGUAGAAUUGAUAUGGCUGCCCAUAGUAAUGAUCCUGCUACACAUGUUCACGAUAUCUUGGCCUACCAUGAAACAAUCGAACUUGUCAAGAAAUAUGUUGAUGAACACCCUGACACGGUUAUGAUUUCAGUCAGUGACCAUGAAACUGGUGGAAUAUCUCUUGCCCGUCAAGUCAAUUCCGAUUACCCAGAAUAUUUAUGGUAUGGACUAGUUCAAUAUUGGAAUGUAGAUCGUGAAAACUUUAUUAAAAAUUCGAUAAUUAAUUAUGGAUUAGGAAUAGAUAAUGUUAAAGAUUAUGAAAUCAAUUGGCUAAAAGAGGAACGUGCUCAGCUGGAAUAUGAAUACUAUUUGGCUAAUAUGACAAGUAUUAGAGCUCAAAUCGGGUGGACGACACAUGGACAUACUGCUGUUGACGUUAAUCUUUAUGCUUAUGGGAAGGAUAUCGAAUAUUUACGUGGAAACCAUGAAAAUAUAGAUAUUGGAGAUUAUAUUGUUGAUUAUCUUAAUUUGGAUCUUGAUACCAUUACAUCUAAAUUAAAUAAUUCUAACUUCCAUCAAGCAAGUGAUUCCACUCAUUUCCACGCCGAUGAACAUCACCCUCACACUCACAUUUAA